AUGGACGGCGGUGAGAAGGCGGCGGCAAAGAGCAAACGACAGCGGAAAGAUAACGUUGUGAGAAAACGUGACAGCGUGAACACCGGCAUGUGCCUUGUGGACUGGCGGUUGUUGUUUGACUGUGUUAGGUCCUGUCAGGAGAAAAAAUAGGAGAAGAGGAUGGUAGUAUCGAAACAUUCCAAGGAUGUCGGGGUCUCCGCACCAUGAUCCACAGCCUUCUCACCAUAGACCCUCGGGGGGCCCCCGUUCAACCCCGUUUUUCCCACCCCAAUUCCGUCACUGUACCACCCUGUUACUACUUCUUUGCCACCUGCAACUCCGAGGGCCAAGCCCUCCUCCCUCGGCGCUCCCGACAACGCAUCAAUCAGAAAUCCGCUUUCCACCCGAAGUGGUAAGGUUAGAAAGCUGUUGCGCGCAUAUUUCAGCGCGCAAAAGUCUGUGCGGCAUUGCUGGUCGGUACUGCUACGGGUCACACAAAGAUAAAACCGCCCGCCGUCUUGCCCUAUCUGAGGCGCCCCCCGUAUCCAUUCAUCGUCGCUGACAUUGGAAUUCCAACAUGAACACCCUCGCUGUCAUCAACCCUGUCUAUGAGCGACGUCAAAUGUUACUCCGUAUCGAUCCACACGCAAGCCUCGCCAUCACCAACCCUGUUUACUGGCAACCUUGAAACGUGAAUCUGUCGUCGCUGAUGAUCGAUUCAAGUGAAGACGGAACUCUAAAUCUUCGACAUAGUCGUCGUCGGUCUCAUCCCCCUCUGCCUCAUCUGACGUAAACACAUACCGACGUCGUACUUGCUGACGAGUACGAAUUAGACGUAUGUACAUAGCAUGCCUUCCUGAACUCAAUACGGCGCCACUAUCGUUCCACUUGCGAUACGCGUUCAGCAUGGUUUAGCAUCCUCUACUUGUUGCUACCGGAGCCUCCCGCCGAUUUCCCUUUUUGGGGGGGGGGGUGGCGUGUGCUGCAUGACGAGAGGGGCAUGUCGUUCCUGCAGCAGUUUGUCUCGUGGCACUUGUCGACUUCCUGUAGCUGAUCUAGCCACCUUCUGACGUGAGCAUCCUUUGAUGAUGGACGUUGGGCCGUUAAGGAUGCGACUGAUCUUGCCCUUGUGCGUUUUUUUGAGGGAAACGUACGCCCUCGCCCACGCCCGAAAAUCCCUCAGGGUUCCGGAGUCGUACGGCAGGACCUUUUCGACAAGCCCUUGGAACCGAGUCAACACUGGGUCAGCAGAUAGAGCCCCGCCUGUUGUGGGUGCAUAGGGUGCAUGCACCCAGCGGGGAUGUGAGGGGGAAACGUUUUACGUUACAUAGCGGGCGGGCUGGGGAGAGGCCAGGCUGAAAUUUCGCAGAGAGGCUGUCCUCUACCAUCAACAAUAGGUGGUCCAUAUUCGCGUCGACAGUGAUCUACGCUUGAUCCAACCCUGCAACACACGACCGACAAACACGCUUCGGGCAUGGUAAGGCCUGAAGAGCUGGUGGAGGAUACCACUUGUAGGCUGUGGGGGCCCUGGAGGAUGUCGUUGUAACGUGGAAUGCGAUAUAUUUGAGUCCCGUAUAAACAUCAAACAGGGUCGUGCGUGAACGACGAACGCGGCAACGGAGGGGUUAGGGUGAACAUGAAUUGGACUCGACCGGGUGACGUACAUGUGUGGGAGGAACAAAUUACCUCGGCGUAUUGGGGUAGUGGUUGCUGACGCAUGUGACCUUCCAGUCCAUUUCCCACAUACUCAUCCGGUCACAAAUGCAUAUGGUGGACAAGUCAUGUAAUAUCACCCCGUGCCCGCCAACAUCGACGUCUAAUGUGUUCCUCACGUUGUUGGAAGUCUCCAGGCUCUUGGCGCAGAUCGGUGUCGCGGGAGUCUUCGGCAUCGCCGGCACUACGAUCGGAGCCUCCAGAGCGGGCACUCGCUGGGCCCCUGCAUUCGUUGUAGUUGCCGGUGCGCUGGCCGGGUCUAACCCCGUCCUUGUCGUAACCACGGCGGUUGACACCGUCGCGGUUGAAUCCCGCCUUGUCGUAUCCGUCGGCGUCGUGGGUUCUUCCAGGCCUGCCGAAGGCAUCGAAACGGAACGAAGGAUCCGCUGAUGCGCACUGAUCCGAAGCCUGUGCGGGGGGCGAACGUGGAAGACCGUAUGUUCCACUUGGCCCCGGCGAGAAGGGUACACGGGCACCCGACCCCUCCGUCCUAGCCUCGUACGUGCCACUGGGGCCCGGAGAAAGAAGACUCCGUCCGGGUGUCUUUCCGCCAGUAGACGCUGCGGCAGCCGCGGACGCGUUAGCCGGUGCGUGGGUGGUGCUCCCUCCCACAGAGGCGGACGGCGCGGCCGUGGGCGUCCCCACACGCGCACCCGGGAGAUCGGAUGUUACCGCGGGGGUAUCCUGUUCCGACUGCGCCCCCGCAGUGGGCCCAAGCGAAGAAACCCGCGGAGGAGGACCCCACCCCAUCGCGUUGAGGGCGGCAGCGGCCAUUUGCAACGUCUGAGGGUCGAGCCGAAACUGGGAAUUGAAAACGGGAGGGUAAGGGUAAUGGGAUUAUGGAUGUGUCAGUGGAGUUGGUUUUCCCGGGGCUACUUAGUGAUAGAUGAUUUCCAUGAGAAGCAUCAUGUGCAGCAAAGGGGGGCAGACGCAUCCUUCGCGACAUAGUUGCAGGAUUCGGCGCGUGACCUAUACAGUGUACGCAUUAGGGAGGGUACUGGCUGGGAAUGCAUACCGUAGCGUGUUGCGACAUGCUUGUGAUUUUCAUGAGACAGACGUGGUUAAUCGAAGAACAUAACUGUCUUAUAUGAACGAUAGUACUUCGACGGGGUACC